AUGUCUUCAACAUCGCAAUUAUGUCGCCGUAGACGAUACUCUUUUUUAAUCGGUGUUUUUAUCAGUAUUAUCUCUCUAUUCAUAUGUAUACAUUUAUUUUCUCAACAAGACUCAUCAUCUCUGGCAUCUAUUAAGUAUCAUGCACAUGAUGGACAUAGAUUGAUGCCGAUUAUUCCUGCUGCUGCCAUCAGAGAGACUACAAUUACAAAUGCUACUACUACUGCUGAUUUUCCUAAAGUACGCCGUCCUAUCGAUCAACGACGAUUUACUAGUCCAGCAGUAGAAUCAUUAAUUGAAGAGAUAAAGAAAAAUAUAAAAAAUAAAGAACUUUCAUGGUUAUUUGAGAAUUGUUUUCCUAAUACGCUUGACACAACUGUUGAUUUUGAUGAAAAAGCAGCAUCUGAAAAACGACCUGAUACUUAUGUUAUUACAGGCGAUAUUGAUGCUAUGUGGUUGCGUGAUUCAAGUGCUCAAAUAAAUCCUUAUCUACCUUUGAUUUCUUCUGAUAGAAAACUCCGUCAAUUGAUUGAAGGUGUUCUCUUACGACAAUGUAUAUUCAUUCAACGUGACCCGUAUGCAAACGCACAUUAUAAGGAUACAAAUCGUACUAGUGAAUGGAAACGGAUGGACCGAACAGAAAUGCGUCCAGGCGUACACGAACGAAAAUGGGAAUUAGAUUCUCUUUGUUAUGUUUUACGAUUGAUGCAUUCAUAUUGGAAAGCAGUUGAAUACGAUUUGACUUUUUUUCGUGAGAACGAAAAAGAAUUCAGAAGUACGAUUCGAAUUAUUUUGCAAACCAUGAAAGAGCAACAAAGAUUCAAUGGAUCAGGCAUAUACACAUAUCAACGACAAGGCCAUCCUUCAGACCCACACGGACACAAAGCUAAACCGAAUGGUCUUAUUCAUACAUUUUUUCGACCAAGCGAUGAUCUGCAAAAAUUUCCGUAUCUUAUACCGUCACAAUUUUUUGCACAUCAUACCUUAAAACUAUUAUUAGAACUCGUAAAAAAAUUAGAGUGGGGAAAUUAUUUCAAUGGCGACAUAUUAAAAUUGAUUUCUGAUUUGCAUGAUAUUUUAUUUGAUGAUAAAAUAGCAAAUAAUCAAGAAACAAUAAUAACAUUUAAACAUCCAACACACGGUUUAAUUUAUUCGUAUGAGAUAGAUGGAUUUGGUAAUCGAAAUUUGAUGGAUGAUUCUAAUAUUCCAUCACUUCUUUCAUUACCCUAUUUAAGUCCUGAUGAUUUCCCAUUGAAACAUUCAAUUUAUCAAAAUACUAGAAAAUUUGUACUCAGUUCAGACAAUCCAUGGUUUUUUAAAGGAAAUCUACUUGAAGGUAAUGGUGGACCACAUGUUGGAAAUUCUAUGGCAUGGCCACUUGCAAUUAUUAUGCGCGGACUAACAACAAUUGAUAAUGAUGAAAUACGACUUUGUUUAAAAAUGUUGCAAAAAUCUCAUGGAAAUACAGGAUUCAUGCAUGAAUCAAUAAAUGUCAACAAUCAAAUGCAUUAUACACGAUCUUGGUUUGCAUGGGCUAAUAGUUUAUUUGGUGAAUUUAUCUGGAAAUUAUACAUAGAAAAACCUCACCUACUCAAUUAA